CCCCCCCCCCCCCUUCCAGUCGGCAAGAGUAGCCCUCCGGUUCCCACAUCACACCACAUCCAUGUUAACUGCGGCAGCCUGCUCUCUGAGUCCGUGGCUGAAAAAGCCCCAGCCUCUUUGUUUGUGUGUGGACAAGAUUCGGUUAAAUCAUAUAAGCCUGUGGAAGGACCGUCGCGAGCUCCGUGCUCAUCCCGGUUUCAGUAUGAAGGACUGUUAACGGAGGAAAAUGGCUGCUGAAAUUGCAUUUGUGGGAGAUUGGUGUUGAAUCAAUGCAGCAAUGUAUCCAGCAGAGGCCAAACUGCCAAUAAGCUACACUUGCUAGCAAAUCGUGCAUCCUCCGGAGACUGUAUUUUACCGGGUUUGGCGUUCAGGGAGCUUUGAUCGAUGCUCGUUUUUUUAGGUAGGUUCUUCCAACAAGAGGUAGGGUGAGGGGAAAUCCUUCCACUCCACGUCUAUGCAUGCGGUUAACGGAACAGCUUUUGUAAACACCUAGCUAACGCUGUAAUUUUUUUUAGCCAUAUAUUUUUUCUUCCUCCGACGCCUUUGGGAGCAGGCUUGGCUAAGCCUCAGUCAGGGUUAUGAGCCAUACUCUGCGAAUAUGCAGGACUUCUUUGUGGUGACCGAGACCCAGAGUGACCGAGGCUUUCCCCCGAAGUAGAAGCUCAAGGCCCCGGAGGUCCCGGUUUGGUGAGCAGGAGACAAACGACUCGAUAAACAAAAACAAUGGAGCCUGGGGGGAAAUGUACGGCCAAAAUAUUUAUUUUCGGACCCAAGUCGAGCGCCAGCGGCGACCUUCGGGGACUCAACAAAUGCUUGUGGGUGUACGUGUUGUUUUACUUCGUGCUGUUCACUCACGCCUCUCCGGCCAAGCCGUGUGACAAGAACUGCCUGUCGGGGAAAUGUAUCAACGGCUCCUGCGUCUGUGACCGGGGCUGGGUCGGGGAUCUGUGCCAGCACUGCCAGGGCAGGUUCAAGCUCACAGAACCCUCGGGGUAUCUCACAGAUGGCCCCAUCAACUACAAGUACAAAACAAAGUGCACCUGGCUCAUAGAGGGCUACCCAAAUGCUGUUCUUCGGUUACGAUUCAACCACUUUGCCACAGAAUGUAGUUGGGACCACAUGUACAUCUAUGACGGGGACUCAGUGUACGCUCCUCUGGUCGCUGUUUUCAGCGGCCUCAUUGUGCCAGAGGUACGAGGUAACGAGACGGUUCCUGAAGUUGAGACAACUUCGGGCUACGCACUACUUCACUUUUUCAGCGAUGCUGCCUAUAACUUGACUGGAUUUGAAAUACUCUACUCCAUCAACUCUUGUCCCAAUAACUGCUCCGGCCAUGGGAAGUGCACCCCGGGGAACUCGGCCGCCAGCAGAGUGUACUGUGAAUGUGACAAGUACUGGAAGGGCGAGGCCUGUGACAUCCCCUACUGCAGGAACAAUUGCGGCAGCCCCGACCACGGCUACUGCGACCUCACCGGGGAAAAGCUGUGCGUCUGCAACGAUAGCUGGCAAGGCCCAGAUUGCUCACUAACCGUACCUUCCACUGAGUCCUUCUGGGUCCUUCCCAGCGUCAAGCCUUUUGGUACCUCACUAGCCCGAGCCUCCCACAAGGCUGUGGUGCAGGAAAAGGUCAUGUGGGUGGUUGGUGGAUAUACCUUCAACUACAGCUCAUUCCAGAUGAUUCUUAACUACAACCUGGAGAGUGGCAUUUGGAACACGGUUCCCAUCAGUAGCGGCCCCGUGCCAAGAUACGGUCACUCACUUGCUGCCUACCAGGACGAUAUUUAUAUAUUCGGUGGGAAACUGGAGGCCGGCUGGGGCAACGUGACGGACGAGCUGUGGGUGUUCAACAUGCCCAGUAGGACGUGGCAGAGGAGAGACCCCGUCGUUGGCUCACCAGGCCAGACUCAAAUCUACGCCGUGGAGGGACACACAGCCCACUGUGUGCUGCUGGACAGCGGGGACACUGUCAUGCUGGUCAUCUUUGGCUACUCGCCCGUCUACAGCUACAUCAGCAACGUUCAGGAGUACAACCUGAAGUCCAACACAUGGCUGGUGCCUGAGACACAAGGAGCCAUCCCCCUGGGAGGUUACGGCCACAGCAGCACACACGACAGUGCCAGUGGCAGCAUCUAUGUUCACGGUGGCUACAAAGCCCUGCCGGCCAACAAGUACGGCCUAGUCGACGAUCUGUACCGAUACGACGUUAACACGCGGACAUGGUUCAUUCUAAAAGAAAGCAGCUUUCCACGGUACUUGCAUUCAGCUGUGCUGCUCAGUGGCACUCUGCUCAUCUUUGGGGGCAACACACACAAUGACACAUCCCUCAGCAACGGAGCCAAAUGCUUCUCCGCCGACUUCCUGGCCUAUGACAUCGCGUGUGAUGAGUGGCGAAUCCUUCCGAAGCCGGACCUGCACAGGGAUGUCAACCGCUUUGGGCACUCUGCAGUGGUUAGCAACGGGUCCAUGUAUGUUUUUGGGGGCUUCUCCGGUGUUCUGCUCAACGACGUGCUUGUUUACCGACCCCCGAGCUGCCAGGCCUUCUUGGCAGAGCAGGAGUGUGUGAAGGCUGGACCAGGUGUCCGCUGCAUCUGGAGCAGGGGUCGCUGUCUCCCCUGGGAACCCAGCAUGGCGAAUGGAAGCCUCACCCGUGCCCCAUUCUGCCCCCCUAAAGCAGUCACAAUGGAUGAAUGGUGCUACAGAUUCUCCGACUGUGCCAGCUGCACAGCAAACACCAACGGCUGCCAGUGGUGUGAUGAUAAGAAGUGCAUCUCUGCCUACAGCAACUGUACCACCAAUGUGAAGAACUUCACAGAGUGUCCGGUGCGGAAUGAGCAGGUGUGCAGCAAGCUCGCCAACUGCAAGAGCUGCUCUCUGAAUCUCAACUGUCAGUGGGAGCAGAAUCACUCACAGUGCCACGCUUUGCCUGCCCAGCAAUGUAGUGAAGGUUGGAGCCAAGUGGGCGACGCCUGCCUCAGGAUCAACUCCAGCCGAGAGAGCUACGACAACGCCCAGCACUACUGCAAGAACCUGAAUGGAAACAUUGCCUCGCUCAGCACCUCCAAGCAAGUGGACUUUGUGCUGGAGGAGCUCAAGAAACUCCAGCUACAAGACAAGCGGCUGUCUCCCUGGGUUGGUCUCAGGAAGAUCAACGUGUCGUACUGGGGCUGGGAAGACAUGUCUCCCUUUACCAACAGCAGUUUGCGCUGGCUGCCCGGUGAGCCCAGCGACUCUGGCUUCUGUGCUUACCUGGAAAAACCCCAGGUGUCAGGCCUGAGAGCCAAUCCGUGCACUGCUACGGCCCAUGGCCUCAUCUGUGAGAAAGCCACAGGAAACCCCAAUCAGAGUAGCCGCCCAUCUUGCAAGAAGCCCUGCUCGCUACACACCAACUGUGCCAACUGCACCAGCCAGGCCAUGGAGUGUAUGUGGUGUGGCAGCACGCAGCGCUGUGUGGACUCCACUGCAUAUGUCAUCUCCUUCCCCUAUGGCCAGUGUCUGGAGUGGCAGACUUCGGAUUGUGUGGCCCAGAACUGUUCAGGACUGCGGACGUGCUCCCAGUGUUUGGAUCAGCCUGAGUGUGGCUGGUGUGGAGAUCCAAGCAGCACGGGAAAGGGCCUGUGCAUGGAGGGUUCUUACCGGGGGCCAAUGAAGAGGCUGGCUAAACAGGGUCAGCAGACCCCGUCCCAUGACAUGAGCCUGGAGCCAGGCAUCUGCCCGAAAGACAAAGGCUUCGAGUGGGCCUUCAUCCACUGUCCUGCCUGCCAGUGUAACGGCCACAGCACAUGUGUGAACAGCAGUGUGUGCGAGCAGUGCCACAACCUUACCACUGGUCUGCACUGUGAGACCUGCAUGCCUGGUUACCAUGGAGACCCAACAAAUGGUGGCAAAUGCCAGGCUUGUAAGUGCAAUGGUCACGCAAAUGUGUGCCAGGUGUUAACUGGCAAAUGCUUCUGCACCACCAAGGGGAUCAAAGGAGACCAAUGCCAGCUAUGUGACUCAGAAAACCGUUACCUUGGCAAUCCACUCAGAGGAACCUGUUACUAUAAUCUUCUGAUUGACUACCAGUUCACGUUUAGCCUAAUUCAAGAAGAUGAUAAUCACUACACCGCCAUUAACUUCAUGGCCUCUCCCGAGCAGGCGAACAAGAACUUGGACAUGUCCAUCAAUGCAUCAAACAACUUUAACCUCAACAUCACUUGGUCGGUUGGAUCCACAGCUGGAACCAUCUCUGGUGAGGAGACGCCCAUUGUGUCCAAAACAAACAUCAAGGAAUACAGGGACAGUUUUUCCUGUGAAAAGUUCAACUUUAGAAGCAACCCCAACAUCACUUUUUAUGUGUACGUCAGUAACUUCUCAUGGCCCAUCAAGAUCCAGAUCGCCUUCUCGCAACACAACAGCAUCAUGGACCUCGUCCAGUUUUUCGUUACAUUUUUCAGCUGCUUUUUGUCCCUCCUUCUGGUGGCAGCAGUGGUGUGGAAGAUCAAACAGACCUGCUGGGCGUCACGACGCAGAGAGCAGCUGAUGAGAGAGCGACAACAGAUGGCCAGUCGUCCGUUUGCCUCAGUUGCUGUUUCACUGGAUACCAGAGGAGAUCUAACAGAAGUCUUGCAGCCUGUGGUUGAUGGUGCACCUAAACCUGUUGCGAUGGAACCGUGUUCUGGAGGAAAGGCUGCCGUGUUGACUCUCCUAAUGCGUCUGCCCUCCGGGCCCUCAGGCUUGCCUCCACCUGGACAGUCAGGACUCAUCGUUGCCAGUGCGCUGACAGAUAUUUCACAGCAGAAACCAUCGGAUUUCAAGGAUAAGUCCCAGGCUUUAAAGAACCGAAAAGCCCUUCCUCCAGCACACCAAGGGACUUGUGUUUGACUCUAAGCCUCUCAGUCCAUCGGUCCACUUUCGACACCAUCCGAGGUCAUAUCGUUCCAGCAUGUCUGGGGUCCUGUUAGGAAGCCUCUCAAGAGACUCACCAUGUAUACAUGUGGAAGAUUUCAUUCAGCUGCUACCACUGAACGUCUCAUGCUCCAAGAGCACAACCCAUGUUGUCGUUCCUGGCCUUUUUUUUUUUUUUAUUAUAUAUUUUUCCUCCUGCUUCUCUUUUUUCUAGUACAGCCGUCUUUACAAAGAAAAGUGUCUGCAUUAAGUGGACACCCACUGUAUGCUUGCCUGGUGGUGACAUCAGAGACAUUGAUAAGGAGGAUGAAAACCUGUUGAGGAAUUAGUCAUAAAUGCUCCGUGACACAGUUUGCUCAGAAAGAGCGAAAAGCAAAGCUGACUGCACACAAGGUGAAGUCACUGCUAAAUGACCUCCCGCAAGAUGUCCAGUGUACACUGCCCACACAGUUUCGGACCUUUGAGAUUGCCAAACACACCUUGCUUCGAUAUAGGCUGAUACAAGUGAGAACAAAAAUACUAUUUCACACACAAUAACUAUGUCCGGCUUAUCUCAAUAGUCUGAUUAAUGAUUAGUCUUAGCAUCUCCUGCACACACAGAUUCACCCAGCUGACUCUAAAGUACGAAACGUGUUCUGAAGCUGUAGAGACCGAUCACUGCCACGGGCGUGUGGCUGAAGCUGACCGAAGGACACACAAACAAAUCAUUCAUCAUCGAACUAAAACAUGGGAAUCUCAAAUACAACGAAAUAAGACACCUUUCAUUAAGCAACUGGAAGUUUAAGUUAGUUUUUUUUAAAUUAAUUAAUUUGACUGUUUCAUAAGUCAGGCGGAAAAACACUGAAGUUCUGAGUGGUUCUUCCCUGUUGUUCGUAAUUCUAACUUGGACAUUUUGACGCUUUUGAACUCGCUCUUGGAUCAAUGUUGUGAACGGACCUCAUUCAGGUGUCUGCCUCAUAAAACCGCACCAGGGACGUCGUGAUCCUAUGGCUGUUGGCUAGUUUGUUUAAUUUUUUAACAGCCUUCUGAAGCUAUAACUUUCUUUAAAUCUUUGAGUAUAAGGAGCUGUGUUACUUUUUUAUAAAGCCAAGGCCUUUCUGUGAACUCUUGCAGAGAGGCGCUGAGGAUCUGAGAAAUUUUUCAAAGCUGUACAGUGUCUUGCUGAACAAACGUGUGUCUUUGUCACUUUUAUUUCCGAUUUAUGUCAUGCGUUUUUGUCAGGUUUUUAUGGCAAACUGGCAAAAAUGUAUUGGUUAUUUAGGCCUUGUCACCUGAUACUAUCAUACCUAUGAUAAAUGGUUUUGCUACACUUGAGAAAAGAUCAUUUCUGUUAAUAAUUUCCUUUGAUAUUUAAGAGAUCCCUGUGUAAUGGCACAUUUAAGUUGAUUUUCUCAAAGACUUAAACCAGUUAUCCUAAUGUCGGCUUAUCUUGAUUUGAGCAUCCGGGCAUUUUCCUGCUUUUUUUUUUUUUUUUGUGCAAAAGCAGUCAUUUUGAGGAUUCUGUGCCUGAUAAUAUCUUUUUAUUUAGACUUUUAAAGUAAUCCUUUAAGAGUGUCAUUACACAGGAAUCAGAGUCCCACUGUACCGUGAAAAAAAAAACAACCUGCAAAUCGGUGACUGUCGGUGUAUUUUUAAAAAAAGAUGGACAAUGUGCCAUAAAAUUAAAAAGAAGAAAAAAAAUCUGAACACAAUCUUUUGUGCAAUGAAAUCUUUUCUCAAACCAUCCUCAUGCUGUGGUACUGUUCUAGAUGUUCCCGUGCUUCUGUGUGGCUGCCUGAGGCUUGAUGUCUCUGAAGCUUAAACCUUCAAUCUGUGAUUGCCUUCCCAGCUAAAGAUAAUUGCUCUUUUGAAAGUGAUCAAAUCUCAAAACUCAGCCUUGAUGUAUUUUGUGUUAGUGCAAGAUAAUUACUUUCAGCAUAUUUGACAGUGCAAUUUAAAUUGAACCUCCCCUUUUAAAUGUGUACCAUAUGAGUAUAUGAUGUAAAGUAGGUUCUUUGUACUUUAAUAAACUUAUUUUAAAGGGAUUAUUCCACACUGCUUUACUACACACAGCUGACUCAAAGCUCAGGACUGAAUUAUGCUGUCUAUUAAAAGAUAAAAACGUCUGGUGAAUUGAAUUGGAAUAAAGUUUUUUUUCAUAAGGCUAAGGGUCACAUUAACCUUUGGGUUGAAAUUUUGAAUUUGAAAUGUUUAGCACAUGUUUGCAUGUAAGUUUUCUCUACAGUGACACUGCAACCGUAUUAAAUUCCCUUUAUUAGUUGGAGUUGAGCACAAAUGUGCUCUUUGUUGAAUUAUUCAGCAUGCAAAGAGAUUGAGUUAAAGAGAAGAAGUCUAGAUGGUAAAAAACUAAUUAUGUUACAAAAGUGUAUUUACUGUGGUUGAGAUAUUAAACAUAAAUGAUU